UCCCGCCUGGUCCGGCGUCUGCAAUGGCAAGAGCAGCGGCGGCGGAGGCCUUCUCGCAGCGCCUGGGCGCGGCCGUGCGCGGCCUCUCCGGCGCCUGGUACAGCCGUCAUAUGGCCGCCGCCGACCGCGCCAUCCGCGCCCGACUCCCCCUUGUUGACCUCGUCCUCGAGGUCCGCGACGCCCGCGUACCCGCCACCUCAGCGUUUGAGCUUCUCCACCGCCGCUCCCCGUGGGAGCCCGAUGUGCGUCGGCUCGUCGCGCUCAACAAGGCCGACCUGGCUGAUCCGUCCGAAACCGAGAAGUGGGUGGCGUUCAUGAAGCAAAGGGGCUGCUCGUGCAUCGCGGUCAAUUCACACAGCAGGGAAAGCAUCAAUGAGCUGUUGAAUGCUGUGCGUGGGAGGAUCAGGGAGAUCAAGCUUGGGGUGAGCGACUGCACAGGGACUGUUCUCUUGGUCGGUAUCCCUAAUGUUGGCAAGUCGGCCAUCAUCAAUACGAUGCAUCAAAUUGGAAGGAUUGGGGCAGCAGAGAAGGGAAAGCUCAAGCAUGCGAUUGUCAGCAGCCAUCCCGGAGAAACCAGAGAUAUAAGUGGCUACAAGGUUGCCAGUCAUCCAAAUAUAUAUGUGUUAGACACUCCUGGUGUUCUAUCUCCUAUAUUUGCGAAUGAUGAAUCUGGUCCCAGGCUAGUUUUGACAGGAGCAAUUAAGGAUUCCUUGUUAGAGGAGUAUGAGAUUGCACAAUUCCUUCUUACAGUUUUUAACUUAAGGACGGAAUGCAGUGAGUGGGAGAACCUGAAUCUAGACGGAGAUAAAUCUUCUUUUGCUGAUGCAAUUCCCACCAGGAGUUGCCAUACUAAAAGGCAGUAUUCCUCAGAUCAUACCCAGGAUUUUAUCGUUAGAGCCGUUCGUCAAGCGCUUUCCGAGACCAUAGCAUCUUUUCAGGGAGAUUUAGGAAAUGAGAAUGAUUUAAGAAGAUUGGUAGAAAUCCAGUUUACACACUUGCAGAAAGCUUUCAGGAUUUCUGCUGAAACAAUUGAGGAUAGGAAUAAACUUGUCGCUGUCAAAUUACUCAAUCUCUAUCGCACAGGAAGGCUUGGCCAUUAUACCUUGGACCAUGUUACAGAUGUUAGGCAGGAAGUAGCUGCAUAAUCAUCCAAUGUGAAACACGGGUCAGAGAAGGAUAUAUGUGG